UAAAAUUUGAUUUGAUUUGCAUUCAACUAAUGUAGAUAAACAACAACAUAUCACAGUCAAAGCAAGUAAGACGUUUUUGAGAAUGUUGUUGAUGUUUGUCCGGCUACUUGCAAAUGUAUUUUCGUAUUUUAAAAUACAUAUAUUUGAAUUAAAUACAAUACUUUGGUCUUUAGGGUACUUUGUAGUUGUAUUUUGCCAUUUAUGCUCAUCCUUGUCUGUGUCCUAUUUCCUGUCUAAGGGGAGGAUGUUCUGGCAGGUGUCUGGUCCUGGUGGAUGUGCUGACCAGCAACACCACAGUGCCCUGCUCCAGGAGCUCAUCCAGGUCCCACGGCAGCUAGGAGAGGUGGCUGCCUUCAGAGGGAGCAACGUGGAGCCCAGCGUGGCCAGCUGCUUUCGCAUGGCUCCUGGGAAAACCUCCAUCCAGCUGUCCCACUUCCUGGAGUGGAUGAGCCUGGAGCUCCAGUCCGUGGUGUGGCUGUCUGUGCUGCAGCGAGUGGUCCAGGCAGAGAACGCCUAACACCAGGCCAAGUGCUCCACCUGGAAACAGUUUCCCAUCAAGAGCUUUAGGUGAGCCACAGGGCCUCAACAGGUGAAUGCUAUUUCAACCAUAUAGGGAAUGUCAAAGCUGCUUCCUGUCCUGGCAUACUACCAAGGGCAAGGCUUUAAUUUACCCCAUCAUUGAGUACUACAGUACACCCCAGUAAAAAGCAUAAAUCAUAGUCCACAGAAGCUGAGAUACGAUUGUCUCAUGUCCCAUCUGAGACCACCAAAGUGGGGGAUGUACAUCCACACAUUUCCUAGCCAACGCGUCUCCGGUACGUACGUGUCCUCUAUUCAUUUGAAUGUGUUGACAGUUGGUGAAAUUGCUUGAGCUGUGCUGAGAAUUUGAAAAGUAUGAAUGACAACGGUCCAAUGUUGGAGAACACUGCUGUGCGUACGCAUCCACAUUUUGGACUCUGAUAAACCCAUAAGACUAAUUUCAUUAUGCCAUCAGUAUUUCUUAUGUCACUCUCAGCCCAUCCCAGCUAUCACCAUAAACCUCCCUCAUUUGGUUUCCAUGUGUCAUAUAUUUUUUAAUUGUGAUAUUUUACAAACAUUGAACCUUUCUAAUCGUAUAUUUGUUAUUUUUAUUUAACAUUUAUUUAACUAGGCAAGUCGGUUAAGAAGGCAUUUUUAUUUACAAUGACGGCCUACCAAAGGGCAAAAGGCCUCUUGCGGGGACAGGGAUUAAAAAUAAAAUGUAUAUAGGACAAAACACACAUCACGACAAGAGAGACAACACAACACUACAUAAAGAGAGACCUAAGACAACAGC